AUGGCAGAGGCAGGGAGGUCUGUAAUGGUGAGAAAUGUUACAAAUGCCAUCCCAGUCUAUCAUAUGCUGAGUUUCAAACUCCCAGAUGUUACCAUUAAGAAGAUGAAUUCCAUACAACAAACUUUUUGGAGGAAGAAGAAGACAAAUAAAGGAAGGCCACCAAUAUCUUGGAAAAAUGCUAACAAACCAAAGGAAGAGGGAGGUCUUGGUUUUAAAGAUCUCAAACUGUUUAAUAGAGCAUUACUGGCAAAAUCUGCUUGGAGGAUAUGCACAGAUAACACUUCUAUUUGUGCACAAUCCUUAAAAGCUAAAUAUUUCUCAGAUGGAAGGAUAUUUGAUUCAAAAGAAAACUCAAACUUUACAGGGUCCUGGAAGAGUAUUCGUUCUGAAUUACCCUUCAUCAAAAAUAAUACUUGUUGGUGUAUUGGUAAUGGGAAGACCAUCUUAAUAUGGAGCUACAAAUGGAUUCCCGAGCUAUCUACUCGUCCUUCUCCUAAACAAGGUUGUAGUAACUUUCAAGACUAUAAUUAUGUAUACCAACUCUUCUCAGAUUCUGGGGGGUGGAAUCAGACUCUCAUAUUUGCUCUCUUUGAAGCUCCAGUGGAAAGACUUGUUCUAAAUACUUCAAUUCAUAUGAAUCACCCAGAUAGACUGGUAUGGACUCCAGAAAGAAAUAGGAGUUUCUCAGUAAAAUCUGCAUAUAGAAAAAUGUAUGAAGAGCAGAAUACAGAUCAGUCUAUUGGCCAAAGAAUGCAAUCUAUCUUCAAGAGAUUAUGGAAGUUGCCUAUUCUACCUAGGAUUUCACAAUUCAUCUGGAAGUGCUUGAAGGAUAUUCUUUAA